CGCCAGCAGAGCGCAGCCGCAAGAAAGGCGCGGGGGAGGCGAGCCGGAGCCAGAGUAGCAGUCUGUGUCCGCCGAAAGCACCCGGGUGCAGUCGGAGCCGGAGCCGCAGCCGCGAUGGCCGUGGCGGUGGGAAGACCCUCUAAUGAAGAUCUUCGAAACUUGUCCCUUUCUGGCCAUGUUGGAUUUGACAGUCUCCCUGACCAGCUGGUCAACAAGUCUACUUCUCAAGGAUUCUGUUUUAACAUCCUGUGUGUUGGUGAGACAGGUAUUGGCAAAUCCACACUAAUGGACACUUUAUUCAACACCAAAUUUGAAAGUGACCCGGCUUCUCACAAUGAACCAGGUGUGCGGUUAAAAGCCAGAAGUUAUGAACUUCAGGAGAGCAAUGUACGGCUGAAGUUAACCAUUGUUGACACCGUGGGAUUUGGAGACCAGAUAAAUAAAGAUGACAGCUAUAAGCCAAUAGUGGAGUACAUUGAUGCCCAAUUUGAGGCCUACCUGCAAGAGGAAUUGAAGAUCAAACGUUCUCUCUUCAACUACCACGAUACAAGGAUCCAUGCCUGCCUCUACUUCAUCGCCCCUACAGGACAUUCACUCAAGUCCCUGGACCUGGUCACCAUGAAAAAGCUGGACAGUAAGGUGAACAUCAUUCCAAUAAUUGCAAAAGCUGAUACCAUUGCCAAGAAUGAAUUACACAAAUUCAAGAGCAAGAUCAUGAGUGAACUAGUCAGCAAUGGUGUCCAGAUAUAUCAGUUCCCCACAGAUGAAGAAACGGUGGCAGAGAUUAAUGCAACAAUGAGUGUCCAUCUCCCAUUUGCAGUGGUUGGCAGCACAGAAGAGGUGAAGAUUGGCAACAAGAUGGCAAAAGCCAGGCAGUACCCCUGGGGUGUGGUGCAGGUUGAGAAUGAAAACCAUUGUGAUUUUGUGAAACUCCGGGAGAUGCUGAUCCGAGUGAACAUGGAAGAUUUGCGGGAACAGACUCACACCCGCCACUAUGAACUGUAUCGGCACUGUAAGCUCGAGGAGAUGGGCUUCAAAGACACUGAUCCUGACAGCAAGCCCUUCAGUCUUCAGGAAACAUAUGAAGCAAAGCGGAAUGAAUUCUUGGGAGAACUUCAGAAGAAAGAAGAAGAAAUGAGACAAAUGUUUGUUAUGAGAGUGAAAGAGAAAGAAGCUGAACUCAAAGAGGCAGAGAAAGAGCUUCAUGAGAAGUUUGACCUCCUAAAGCGGACACACCAAGAAGAGAAGAAGAAAGUGGAAGACAAAAAGAAGGAGCUUGAGGAAGAGGUGAACAAUUUCCAGAAGAAGAAAGCAGCAGCUCAAUUACUACAGUCCCAGGCCCAGCAGUCUGGGGCCCAGCAAACCAAGAAAGACAAGGAUAAGAAAAAUGCAAGCUUCACAUAAAGCCUGGCAAGCCAAGGAUGUUCCCGCAUUCACCUGCUUUUGCAGUAAUAUUGUGUCUUUGCCAUCUGUGUCCUUUUAUUUUUAUUUUUAUUUUUUUUACUCUUCCUCAAACACCAAUAACUAUUAACUCAUUUUACUGAAUGUUGUUGGGUGGUGGAAAAUGGUAGAACAAGGGAAUGACAGCAAAAGCUAUGUGCAGCUGGACUUUGUUUCUAGAAAGCAAAUGGUUUGUCUGUUAUGCCUGUUCAGAAUGGCAGCAGGAAGCAUGCCUGUUACUUGUAUGUUGCUUUGGACUGAGGAAAGGAGGUUGAAAUGCUUUGUGUACGUCUGACGCGAAAACUUCUCACCACCUCAGCACUCAACUAAAAACCAGAACAGCCAUGACAACAUCUUGCAUUGUCUUGAUUAUUCAUCUCAGUGAUCGCAAAAUCCGUGAACUCACCCUGUCUCUUCUCCACAUUACCCCAAACUAAGGUAGAUUUGUGUAUAGGCAGAACUGUGGGUAAGCAUUAUAUGAAUUUUUCAUUUUAAUCAAUAAUAUUAUUUGGCCUGGAAUUGUGGGUCUGUUCAGACUGUUUCCUCUUGAUGGUUUUAAACUGCAUCUGAACACCUAUCUCUCAAAUCCUGGCCAAGUUGGAGUGGGAGGACUGUCACAGAAAACUUAUGAUUAUGUUCACUUUUAUCAGUGCAACCUUGUUUGUUUCACAGAUAGUGAUCUCAAAGUUUGGACCAUACACCCUUCUACAAAGGAUGAUGGUUUUCUCAACCUAUUUUCUACCUAAGAUAAUUGUUCAUAAAUACACCUAAAUUUGUUCUCAGUGAGUUGGGUGGGGAGGGUCUAAUAACUGAUUCCAGGAUAUAAGUACAACUUCUAAUAAAAUUUUUAACUAACGAAGAGGAGAAAAUUUCCAGAAAUGCUUCAAGUAGAAAAUUUGUUAUAAACUGUGUGUCAUCUGCAGCACAAGUUUGAGGGGAAAAUGGGGAAGAACAGAACACAAACGCAUGAAUCAGGAAAGUAGAAAUUCAACUUUACAUCUGGCUUCCUUACUUAGUUCCCUUCAAUAUUUGGCGAUAAAGGGAAGAAGAAAUAGAACAAUUGGUUUCUCAAAUCCAGUUAUCUUGGAAUCCACGACUAGCUUCACCUGCUCUCUCUGUCCAAGGCCCAUUGAGCUGAUGCCCCAAAGCCUCAGCAGUGAGGGUGAGAGUAUCCUAUAUACCACGAUGUGAACUGUGUGCCUAAUUUGCAUAGAAAAAUUAC